AUGGCUAUCCUUGAUCCAAAUAAUGAUUCUAUAGUUGAAUCAACUGAUUCAACUCACGUCGCCAUUACUGAUCCCGGAGUCAACCCUAGCUGCCCUUUUUAUAUGCAUCGAUCAGAUAAUCCUGGUGCGAUGUUGGUGACAACUCCGUUCACUGGUAUUGGAUACCGAUCCAGGAUAAGAAGCGUUCUUCGAGCCCUCUCAGUUAAAAAUAAAGUAGGAUUCAUCACUGUUGAGUACAAACAGUCAGACCUAGAUUCUCCGCAAUUUCGUCAAUGGGAAAGGUGCGAUGAUAUGGUAACCUCAUGGAUCCUGAAUUCUCUGUGUAAGGAAAUUGCUGAUAGUGUUGAAUAUGCUAAUAAUGCCUUUGAACUCUGGAGAGAGUUGGAAGAUAGGUACGACCAGACUAACGGUACCAAAUUGUAUCAAAUCCAAAAGGAAAUCAAUGAUCUAGAUCAGGGAACCCUUGAUGUUACUGGAUAUUAUACGAAAAUGAAGAAGCUUUGGGAAGAAUUAAACAUGAUAAAUGCCAAGUCACAGUGUAGUUGUCAAUGCACUUGUGGGGCUUAA